AUGCUUAGGAAAGUAUCAGAAUCUCUUGGAAUAUCCUCUUUAGGUUUACCGAGAACUCGCUCCCUCAAUGAAACUUUUUCCGCUCCUAGCUCUCCUAGAAAAUCACAAACGUUUUCAACUCAAAAAUAUGGUGUUUCAUAUACCUUAGAUCGAUACUUAACUAACGAAGGUCACCGACUGGUAGCCACAUACUUUCAUCUAAAUCAAACACAAAAGCACAUACAAAAAGGAGCUUUUCACCAAAUUACUGAAAAAGAUCUUGACGAAUUAAUAAAAUCUUAUAAUGGCGUCACAACUCGCGCAUUUAUAACAUUGAAUCAUCAACAUUUGUGUUUAACUUUGGCAGAAUGUAAAUUAUUGGCUAGAUUGUUAAAGUAUGAUGUUAUUACAAAUGUACACACUCUAAAUAUAUCGAGGAAUAGAUUGUCUGGUUCUUCGAUAAAAGUGAUUCUCGAAGCGUUACAAAAGAAUACUACAGUGACCUUUUUAGAUCUCUCAUCCAAUUCGAUAUCAGAUAAUGAGUCUAAAUGGGUAGGACACUUACUAAAAAAGAAUAAUUCGAUUAAAGAACUUUCCCUAGCUUUUAAUAAGAUUGGUAGUGAAUGUGCUCGGCGUAUUUCAAAAGCUCUCAAAAUAAACAUUACCUUAAAAAGACUUUCUCUGGAAUCAAAUAGAUUAAAUGCUCAAGGUGGUUUAUAUAUGUCCGAAAUGUUAAAAGUGAAUCGUACUCUUAAAUACAUUCAUUUAGGAGGUAAUAACCUUCAGUUUGCUGGAAUUCAAGGAAUUGUAGAAGCUCUUCGGGUUAACGAAUCACUUAUUAGUUUAAGUCUUGAUGCUAAUAACAUUGCUAUAGGUGGAUCAAAAAUAUUGGCUGACGCUCUAACAAUCAACAAAACUCUUACUCAUCUUUAUAUACCACGUAACAACAUUGGUGACGAAGGAUUAAAAUAUUUAUGUCAGGCUUUGUUGUUAAACACUUCAAUAACAUAUCUGGACGUCGAAUUUAAUAAUAUUGGUGUUCACGGUAAUACUGAAGGUUCAAGUGUUUUAGGUAAAUUACUUGAGAAUCAUGUUGUACCUCGUGCGAUUAAUUUAUCACAUAAUCCGAUUGGUAGUAGUGGUUGUGAGGCACUUUUUGUUGGCUUUCAUAAAAAUAAGACUUUGGAAUCAAUGGUCCUUUCUUCAUGUGGCAUUGGCCUGGAAGGAAUAAAUUCGAUAGCUGAAGCAUUGAAAUUAAAUCAAGGUUUACAAAGUCUUUCUCUUUAUAAAAAUAAUGAAAUCGGUGCUGAUGGACAUUUGGCUUUGGCUAAAGCUUUGGAACAGAAUACAAAUUUGAAAAAGAUACAGUUAGACUACAAUUUCGAUGAUUGGGGAGCUGUUGGACAUUUAAUACAACGUUAUUUGACGAGAAAUCUUUUCCUUCAACAAGAGAAAUAUAAUGUGGCAUGUCAAAUCCUGAAAGCUGCUAGGAUUAUGUUAAAUACACCCGUAUAUCGUACCACAGCCGCCAACAAAUCUAAUCCUCUUACAGUUUCUCGCCGUAGUCGCUCAAUCAGAUCAAAUAUAUCAUCUAGAUCUAUCGUUUCGAUAUCACCUUUUAUCGUAUCAUUUAUGUAUCUUCCCUUUGAAAUUCAAGAAAGAAUCUUAAUUUCGAUUGAUACCAAUCAAGUGCUUACUGACCAUCAAGAAAUCAUGAUUUUAAAUUGGUCAAUGAGGAAAGAUACUCUUGGGAAAAAUAGGGAGGAAUUUUUGACAAAAACUUUUGGUGCCUAUCAUCCAUUGACUAGUGAUGUUAGGCUUUGGCCAACAGAAUUUAGUGAAAAAGAUUUUUUGGUCUGUGACCGAUUUUAA